CUCUCUCUCUCUCUAAGCCCCUUAACUCUCACUCUCCCUCAACUCUGCUCUCUGCUCCGCAUCUCUCUCUCUCUCUCAUUUCAGUUGCAGAAGAGGAAAUUAAGGGGGGAGGAGCGAGGAAGGACCAGCACCGGGCCAAGCCAGCAGCUGAAGCAGAGCCUCUUCUUCUUCGAGAUCUUCUCCGCCGCCGCUGUCCAAACGCAGCUUUUACCGAGUCUUCAGCUUCCCUCUCUCUCUCUCUCUCGCUAUCCAGCCGCUGUCGGCCAAUCAAAGCGAUCCACCUAUGAAGGCUGCCAAAGCCUCCAUUAACCCCCUCAUCGCCUUCGAGCACAAGAGGGAUGCAUACGGGUUUGCUGUCAGGCCUCAGCAUGUGCAAAGAUAUCGAGAGUAUGCAAACAUCUACAAGGAGGAAGAGGAAGAAAGGUCAGAGAGGUGGAAUAGUUUUCUGGAACGGCAAGCAGAGUCUACUGAUUUUCCUGUCACUGGUUUAGUUUCGGAAGUAGAUAAGAACAAUUUGCAAGAAGAAUCAACAGAGCAAGAAUCGAGUGGUAGUUCAAAGGACGGUGUUGAAGAUGAAACAAGAGGUGGAAUACCUGGUUCUGAAAAUCUUGCUGGAAAUGCUGCAGCAGCAGAAGUGCCAGUUCAGAAGGAAAAAAGAGUUCAUAGGAUCCAAAUCUGGACAGAGAUCAGACCUUCUCUUCAGGCUAUUGAAGAUAUGAUGAGUGCCCGUGUGAAGAAAAAGAGCAAUAUAUCGAAAACCAAGCAAUCAGCCGAAAGUGGGAAGAUAAUUCCUCCACAUGAAGAGGCCAGAUCCCCAAAAGGAGCAACGGAUGAGGACUCCGAAGAUGAGUUUUAUGAUGUGGAGAAGUUAGAAUCAUCUGAUGCCAUUCAAGAUGGCACUUCGACUGACAAUUCAAAUGCUACUACACAAGAAUCGACUGUUGAUUCUGUUUCCAUAGAGUCUUUGAUUCCCUGGAAAGAAGAGUUUGAGGUCCUUGUUCGCGGCGGAGUGCCAAUGGCCUUAAGAGGAGAGCUCUGGCAAGCUUUUGUGGGCGUAAAGGCACGUCGGGUGGAAAAUUAUUACAAUGACCUGCUUAGUCAUGAAACAAAUCCAAAUAAUAAUGUUGAACAGCAGACUUUGCAACAAGAUAGCAAUGGUAAGGGCACAAAUACAGACUCUGGAUGCCUGCCAGAGAAAUGGAAAGGCCAGAUUGAGAAGGAUUUACCUCGAACUUUCCCUGGUCAUCCUGCCCUGGACGAGGAUGGGAGAAAUGCUUUAAGGCGAUUAUUGACGGCAUAUGCUCGUCACAACCCAUCUGUCGGGUAUUGCCAGGCAAUGAAUUUCUUUGCUGGCUUACUACUUUUGCUGAUGCCUGAAGAAAAUGCCUUUUGGACCUUGAUGGGCAUUAUUGACGAUUAUUUUGAUGGCUAUUACUCAGAGGAAAUGAUCGAAUCUCAGGUUGAUCAACUUGUUUUUGAGGAGUUGGUCCGUGAAAGAUUUCCCAAACUAGUCAAUCAUCUCGAUUACCUUGGAGUACAGAUUGCAUGGGUUACAGGGCCAUGGUUUCUUUCCAUUUUUAUGAACAUGCUACCCUGGGAAAGUGUUCUUCGUGUCUGGGACUUGCUUCUUUUUGAAGGGAACCGUGUCAUGCUUUUCAGAACUGCCCUUGCUUUGAUGGAACUAUAUGGCCCUGCACUAGUUACAACUAAAGAUGCUGGAGAUGCGGUCACCUUGCUCCAGUCACUAGCAGGAUCAACAUUUGAUAGCAGCCAACUUGUCCUGACAGCUUGCAUGGGUUACCUGAAUGUAAAUGAGAAGAGAUUACAGGAGUUGAGAGAUAAGCAUCGUGCUGCAGUAAUAGCUGCAGUUGAAGAAAGAUCAAAGGGCCUCCGAGCUUGGAGGGAUUCUCAGGGUUUGGCCUCUAAGCUAUAUGGCUUUAAGAAUGACCCUAAAUUAAUGAUGAUGGAGCCAAAUAAAGCAGAACAGCUAGCUGGUUCACAAAUUAAUGGUGAUGCACUUCAGACAAAAUCUGGGGCUGCUGAUGCUGACGGGGUUCUUGUUAGUCUGACUGGAGAUGGAGAUGUAGAAGUGGAUUCUGUCCCUGAUCUUCGGGAGCAGGUCAUGUGGUUAAAGGUUGAGCUAUGCAACUUGCUGGAGGAGAAAAGAUCUGCUGUUCUCAGAGCUGAGGAGUUGGAGACUGCAUUGAUGGAAAUGGUUAAGCAGGAUAAUCGGCGGGAAUUGAGUGCUAAGGCCGAGCAAUUAGAGCAAGAGGUUGCUGACCUUCGACGGGCUCUCUCUGAUAAGCAGGAACAAGAAAAUGCGAUGCUCCAGGUGCUGAUGCGCGUAGAACAGGAGCAGCGAGUAACGGAAGAUGCUCGUAGGUUUGCUGAACAAGAGACCGCUGCACAGAGAAAUGCUGCUCAACUUCUUCAGGAAAAGUAUGAAGAAGCGACUGCUUCACUGGCUGAGAUGGAGAAGAGGGCAGUUAUGGCAGAAUCGAUGUUGGAAGCUACAUUGCAGUACCAAUCUGGUCAAAUCAAAGCCCAGCCUUCCCCUAGAUCUCCACGUCAAGACUCUCCAGGCCGGACUAACCAAGAGCUCACACAAGAGAUACCGAUGAGGAAGGUUAGCCUUCUCAGUCGACCAUUUGGGCUUAGCUGGGGAGACCGAAACAAGGCAAAGCCUAGCAAUGUUAAUGAGCCGAAUGAUAUCAAAGAAACACAGAGUCCAAGGACUGAGCUGAAGGAAGCGAAUGGCACUGAAGCACCAGAAAACGAGCAAGCUGUUGCCAGUCAAUAACGAGAAAAAUGGUCUGCUCAAGAGAUCUAUUCAUUGCAAAGUCCUCUGGGAUAUAAUCCAUUGAAUAUAUUUAUGUCUCUCCCCUUUCAAAUCAGGAAGGUUGAUAGAUUUUAGCAUUUUGCUUUUGCCUUCGAUUUUUCUUUCCCCACUCGGACCCAUCAUUUGUUGUUCGUUUGUUCAUUAAGUAGAAAAAUAAGUUUUAAGAAAAUUAAGUUGUGCAGAGGAGCAGAGGAUUGUAUAAUAAUAAUGAUAGUAUUAAAUCUUCUGAAAUUUCUAGUUUUCCAUUCUUUAA